UAUCAAAAAGUCGCACAGUUUUCCCUUCAGAUGGAACUUAUGCCUUGCGGGACAUAAGUUGUUUAAGGAAUCCGGUAGAACUUGUGCCAGUUCCCUUAAUGAACUCCAUUUGCGGGGAAAAAAAUUAAAGACCAGUACAAAAUAGGGACAAAAGUGCAAAUGACCUAAAUAUCCCACCCUUUAUAUUGUAGAAAAGAACCAAAGAAACACAAACUUGAAAGCAUGGCCAUUAUUGCACUUUCCAUUGCUUUGGCAGUAUGCUUUCCGAUCACCUUUUGGUGCCUGAAAUUGCUCUACUUGAUAUGGUGGCGCCCCAAAACAGUAGAGAAGGAGCUACGGCAGCAAGGAAAAUGUGGUCGUCCAUAUAGGUUUCUUUUUGGAAACCUAAAGGAGAUGAUGGAGAUGAAUAGAAUAGCCAAGUCUAAACCCAUGCCCUUGAACCACGAUUACACUCCUCGACUUAAUCCAUUGUUCUAUGAGCUCUCCACCACUUAUAAGAAACUUUUCUUGUUUUGGCUAGGACCGAUACCUCGAGUGACCAUCAUGGAUCCGAAGCUAAUACGGGAAGUACUAUCAAACAAAUGGGGUGAGUUUAGAAAACCAAAGAUCAGUGCUUUCCUCAAGCUAUUCGUGACAGGGCUGGGGACUUAUGAUGGUGAAAAAUGGGCCAAACACAGGAAAAUUCUUAAUCCGGCUUUCCACAUGGAAAAAUUGAAGCUGAUGUUGGGAGCAUUUGCUCAAUGUACAGAAGAUAUGAUGAACAGAUGGGACAAGUUAACCGGAUCAAGGGGUUCUUGUGAAUUGGAUAUUUCACAAGAAUUUCACAGUUUAACUGGAGAUAUGCUAUCAAAAGCAGCUAUCGGUAGCAACUUUGAAGAAGGGAAGUUGAUAUUUUCACUUCUGAGGGAGCAAUGUGAACUAAUUUUUACUGCAAAGAUUGCUAUUAAUGUCUUCCCAUGGUUAAGGUUUGUGCCAACAAAAACUAAUAGGAGAAGAUUGUACAUCUAUAACACAGUUCGUAGUUCGCUAAAAGGAAUAAUAGAGAAGCGAGAGAAAGAGGUACAAUCAGGAAAAGCACACAAUGACGAUCUAUUGGGUUUGUUAAUGAAAUCUAAUCAAGAAGAACAGCAAGGGAAUAGUAAGGACUCGAGCAAGGGAAUGAGUACAGAGGAUGUGAUAGAAGAGUGCAACUCAUUCUACUUCGCUGGUCAAGAGACUACUGCAACAUUGUUAACAUGGACUGCAAUUGUUUUGACAAUGCAUCCAGAUUGGCAGGAGAAAGCCAGGAAUGAAGUUCUUGAAAUCAUUGGAAAAAAUGAGCCUAAGUUUGAUCAACUGAGCCAGCUAAAGAUCGUGACCAUGAUCUUACAUGAGGUUCUGAGGUUAUAUCCAUCCGGUUCUCUUGUUAGAGAAACAAACAAAAAGACAAAACUUGGAGACUACACAAUUCCAUCAGGUGCACAACUCUUAGUGCCUCUACAAAUAAUUCAUCGCGAUACAGAGGCAUGGGGACAAGAUGCACUUAUUUUCAAUCCAGAAAGGUUUUCCGAAGGAGUGUCAAAAGCAGCCAAGGAUCUGAUGUACUUCCCUUUUGGUUGGGGCUCUCGGAUAUGCCUUGGAAUGAAUUUCGCCAUGAUUCAAGUGAAGCUUGUUUUGGCUAAAAUCUUACAGAACUAUUCCUUUGAGCUUUCACCAUCCUAUGCUCAUGGUCCUAACAUGCCUGCUCUUGUUUUACAACCGCAGUUUGGUGCUCCUAUCAUUGUUCGAAAACUAUCAUGAUAUACAUAGUAGCCCUUUUAAUCGUAUCAUGUUUCCUGCAUAUUCUUAGUAAGUAAAACAAUAACUUUGUUUGGUGUCCCUGAGAUAAUGAAGGAAUCACUUCUCUAUUUCCUGUGUGGAAGAAAUGUUAAGAUAAGGUGAGUUUUUCCAAUUGAAUUUAACUUCUAUCCACUUACAGUAUGAUGAAAAUUUUAUACUAUGAUUAGUUUAAUUCAA